AAAGGAAGCAGAGAACUCCCCCACCGACCAAUGAAAGCAGGAAGAAGGACGUUCCUGUUUUAAAGUCCAGCCCCGAACUUAAAAACGGAGCGCUGCAGACGGACUCGGCUAAAGCCGGCGCGGGUCGUCUCAGAGUUGCAACACCGGCACAGAGCCGGGGAUUUUCUCUCCAGCCCAAAGCCGACCUCCAGUAAACCUCCGUUCUCACCGAUGGCUCAGCAGGAGGCGCCUCGGAGACACGAGCCGGUCCUCCUAUGGGUGCUGGUGGUCUUCACAUCGCUGGUUCUGGGUACCGAGGACGGGCCGACGGGCGGCGGCUGCGCCGACCUCCACAACACCACCUGGCUGGAGUACCGGCAGCACCGGGCCCAGCUGCAGCUCCGGUACCUGCUGCUGACGCGCCGCGCCGCGGACUGCGCUCAGGUGUUCAGCCUCCAGGCGCUCACCGACACGCAGCGGCCGUCCGACUUCAACGCCUCCCGCGCCACCAAGGUCAUCGUCCACGGGUACAGGGUGAUUGGCAGUAAGCCGUCCUGGGUGAAGCAGCUGGCCGGCGCCCUGCUGAGGGCGGAGGACGUGAACGUGGUGGUGGUGGACUGGGUCUACGGCGCCUCCUUCGCCUACAACCUGGUGGUGCAGAACUACAAGGAGGUGUCUCUGCAGAUCUCGGUCCUCAUUAACCAGCUGCACAAACAUGGGUGCGCCCUGGAGUCCUUCCACUUCAUCGGGGUGAGUCUGGGGGCGCACGUCUCCGGCUUCGUGGGGACUCUGUUCCAGGGGCAGAUCGGCCGGAUCACAGGGCUGGACCCGGCUGGACCCAUGUUCAAAGGAGCCGACACCUACGACCGGCUGGACGCCUCCGACGCCCGCUUUGUGGACGCCAUCCACACCGACUCCGACUACUUUGGGAUCUCCAUCCCGGUGGGUCACGUGGACUUCUUUCUGAACGGAGGGAACGACCAGACCGGCUGCGCUCGCUCCAGGUUCAACUCCAUGUACAGUUAUGUGAUAUGUGACCACAUGAGGGCGCUGCAAGUCUACAUGAGCGCGCUGAACGGCUCGUGCCCGUUGGCGGGGAUCCCGUGCUCCAGUUAUGAGGACUUCCUGAAGGGGCGCUGUCUGGACUGCGACGUCUUCGGGGGGACAUGUCCCACGAUAGGUUUGUCUCCACACAGCGGUAUCACCGUGUCUCCGCUCCCCAAAGAGCAGAAGCUCUUCCUCCUCACCACGUCUUCAUCGCCGUUCUGCUUGCGCCACAUCCUGCUGCAGCUGGAGGUUUCUCCUCUGGAUAAGAGCGCCGAGCUGGAGGUGGCGCUGACGACGGAGAACCGGGGAACCGAGCAGCGGCUCCGGCUCCACACAGGCCUGACGGGGUACCUGGCGGUGCUGGCCCACCCUGACCCUCUGUGUGAGAUCGCCUCCAUCAGGCUGAAGAACACCGGAGCUCGGUUCUACCGACAAGCCGACGUCCACGUCAAGUCCGUCUGUCUGUCAGAGAUCCCUCCACUCAGGAGGGAGGAGCCGCUGUGCGUGAACAACAUCAACGUCCGGCGAGGAGCUCCGUGGUCACAUGACUUCGUCCAGGUGUGUGCCUUCUGAAGACGAGGUCUGCUCCAUCUUCACCCCUCGUUAAUGAAAGCCAAAGAAACGCAUCACGUCUCGUCAAACUUUAAUAUUUAGGUAUUUGUCUGAUCUCCCAACAUCACGACUGGAUCUGUUGUACGUGGUUAUUCCUAAUUUGUUUAUUAUUCAAGUUUUACUCUGAGCUCUGAGAAGGGUUGACAAAAUAAAAAUAGAUUGACUGCU